AAAGUGCGUUUCGUCCCAGAGAAGAUGUGCCCGCAGCACAACGAGACUCUCAGGCGCCUGCGUGGCCGGGUGACGUCAUUGGUGAACCGGGCAGCUCGUCGUCCACCAGACACUCAGUCUCGCCUCGGCACUCGAGGAGAUUGUAUGACUUGCUUUCCAACACCGUUCCACCGAUCGACCGUCACAGAAGCCGACGUUUGCGUGAAUUGAGGUUGCCGAAAUCGAUCUUUAUCACGAGGCACCUCAUCAGCAGAGGAAUCUGGAAGGCACGCGAGCACCGCCAAGUUGAACGUUGCCAGGUCGUUCACCCGCGGUAACGCAACUCCGCUGCGCUUACGCAAGACUCAGCCGUGGGACCGAUCGGACGCGGUGCGAGAAAACGGUGCACGAACGCUGAAGACGACGUCCGGAACGAUCUCCUCGACAGAGGAUCUUUUUCGUGAACUGAUUCGGGACAGUCAUCGAUCGACAGUCAACCAUCGGGGUCUGCAAGUCGCGAUAUCGCGACGCCGCGCUUCGUCGUCGAGUGGUGAUAGACACGUGUGACCAAGCGAAGGGACUACGACCAAAUCACCCCCGUGUGUUUUGCGGGGAUGCGCGCCGUGACUCCUCCCUGAGUCCUAGCCGGAAGUCAGUCCCAUGUGGCUGCUGGCACCGUCGUGCGCUCGCGACUGAUCGAUUGGCUCUUACUAUGAACCUAGUUGCGAUUACUAUGAGAGGAUGAGCUGCUCGGUGAAGAUCUCGUGCGGCAAGAGCUGGAGCGGCUCGCAGCGCAGGAUCAACUCCCUGGCGGAGGAGGUAAGCGCGUGUGCUUCCAAUGCCGUGGCCACCAAUUGCGCCUGUCUGCAGCAGGCUGUCCAGCAGCCGACCGCGGCUGCAUCCGCGUCGAGCACCGCGACAACCACGACGAGUACCACCGCUACCACCACGGUCGCCGUAGCCGUCAGCAACCCCGCGAUCACCACCGCCAUCAGCACCGUCUCUACGAUCGCCGCGACCGCCGCGGGUAACCAGAGGGUGGUUCCACCACGCCCCAUCAAGUCGAUCGCCGCGAAGAAAGGGGAGGAUACGACGAAGCUGCUGAAGUACAUCGACGAUAACGUCAUCGGCAAGAACGGCACGUUCUUCGGACCAUUCGGCCGCAGGAAAGUGGUUUAUUGCGACUAUACUGCCUCGGGAAGGUCACUACAGUUCCUCGAAGAUUACAUCGCGAAGGAGGUGCUGCCAUGUUUGGGCGAUACUCGGGCAUCCACGUCCAUCUGCAGUCUGCAAUCUUCUCUCUUUAGGCACGAAGCCAGGGACAUAGUCAGACACGCGGUUGGGGCUGGCGAGCAGGAUGCGGUCCUGUUCACGGGUCAAGGCACCGCCGCUGCCCUUCGCACGCUUUUACGACAUCUCGAUCUCUCCAAGUCCACCGUGGUCUUCGUGGGCCCGUUCGAGCAUCACGCCAACCUGAGGCCUUGGCGCGAGCUCGAUGUCAAGAUCGUGCGAAUUUCCGAGACCAAGGAGGGCUUCUUAGAUCUGAACGAUCUGGAACGGGGACUCGCGAGAAUGCGGAGCGAGGGCGUUGCGCAAAUGAUCGGAUGCUUCAGCGCUGCCAGUUGCAUAACCGGGGUUUUGGCAGAUGAUGUCGCGACGACCCUCCUGCUGCAUCAAUACGGCGCGCUCAGUGUGUGGGAUUACACCACUGCAGCGCCGUACAUUCAGAUCGACAUGAAUCCCCAUUUACCUGGGGUCGGCGAGACCGCGGUGCACAAGGACGCCAUUAUCUUCGCGGGUCACAAGUUCAUCGGAGGGGUGCAGUCGCCCGGCGUCCUCGUGGCCAAACGGUGGCUGUUGCGAGAGGACGUCGAGGCGGAGGACAUGAGGGACUCCCAUCGUUAUCAUCGCGAUCCUGAGCUGCGGGAGGAGAGCGGGACCGGCGCCGUGGUCGAGAGCAUCAGAUGCGGACUGGCGGCUCAGCUGAAGGAAAAUGUCACGCCGAGGGCGAUCGUCGCCCGGCAGGAUAAGAUUUCUAGACAAGUCUUAGCUCACGUGCGCACAAUCCCGGAACUGAUCCUACUUGGCAGCUCGUCGCAGAACGUGAAGCGACUGCCGAUCUUUUCGUUUAUGGUGCGCCAUCCUCGCGGCACGUUCCUCCAUCAUAACUUCGUCUGUGCCGUUCUGAACGACGUCUUCGGCAUUCAGGCGCGAGGAGGAUGCGCGUGCACGGGUCGUUACGCUCAUGAUCUCAUGGGGAUCGACCGGGAACUCGCAAAGGAGUACGAGAGCAUCCUUCUGGAAGGACAACGCAACGGCACCGAAGAAACCACCGCGGAGGGACUCAGGCCAGGCUUCGCUAGGCUGUCUUUUCCCUACUUCAUGAGCGAGACGGAAGUCGCCUUCGUGCUGGAAGCUCUCAAGAUGGUAGCCACCGAGGGUUGGAAGCUAUUACCACAAUACGUGCUGAAUCCCGACACUGGCGAAUGGCGGCACCAUACCAACAGCGUCUUCAAGGAGCGCAAAUGGUUGGGUUCGAUCAGAUACACGGACGGCAAGAUGAACGCCACGGAGCGGCGCGUUUCCGGCUCCGGUGUCUUCCCGCAGAGUUACGGAGAUUGCCUGCAAACCGCGCGGAACAUCUUCAAUCGCGCGCGCAAAAUGGCACAGCGCUACCCGCUGCAGAUCGACAAGAGUUUCAACUUUAUGUGCAAGCGCAUGGAAGCGCUGCGCUGGUUCAUGCUGCCGAGCGAGGCGCAAGACCUCCUUCUGGGCAACUCGCAGAACGUCAAGCAGGAUGUGCCGUUCAACCCGCUGCUGGCCUGGAACAGGUACAAUCACACGCACGCCGCCGCCAACUGCCACGACAGUCUGGUGAACUGUCUGGCAAACGGCAUCAGACGGCUGAACAGCGACAUUCCACGAACCGGCAACUCGCUGAUGUCGGCAAGUUCUCCGAGACACCGAAGCUUGCCAGCGCUGAGUAGCGUCAGGCGUACCCUGGCGGCUACAACGGAACUGAACCAACCAUCAUCAUCGAGCAACAGCGAGGAGGAGAGUCCGGGUCAGAACGAGCACGGCAAUCUCUUGGGAGGGCAUCGAUCGCCCGCCACGUGCCCAAACUCGCCGAUGCCAGUCAGGUUCGCAGUGGGCGAGGCUGUGACCUCCUCGAUGCUGGGAUCGAUAUCCCGCACGGAGACUCGACAGAAAGAGCAGAGGGAGCUUGAUGCGAUCAAUGCUGGUCGCACGAGGUGCAAUUCCUUGGGUAGCACCACUGAUGAGUGCAAUACUGCGAGUAAUCGCGUCGGUGCGCCAUCAGCGGCCUCGCCAAUCCCGCCUCUUCCUUUGAGUCCGCAAACUUUGACCAGUUUGGGACUGAGCACGUCGAAUAGCACGUCGAGGCAUAGGCGUCAUCACUGCAGCUGCAGCAGCCAGACGGAUCUGAAUUCGCUGGACUUGGACUCCGCCAGUCCGAGUCACUCGAUUUCCUCCUUGAGCUACAACCACAAUCCGGCGUCACCGCCUUCGUCGUAUUCAUCGACCAGCGAUUAUACCGAGAGGCUGAUAGGCGGCGGCAGAUCGUCACCUAUUUCUGUGAACAUUUGUCAGCGUUCCGAAGACGACCUGAGCGCGUACGUAAAAGAAGUGACCAAGGAACUAGCGACGGAGAUCAAGUCGGAGAUCCGCGAGGUCAUUUCUAAGGUGGACGAUGCCCUGUCGGAGACCAACACGUCGGAGAGUACGCCACAACAUCAUUCGCGAGCGCACAGCAUGAUUAAUCAAACAUUCGUGGAGGAUAAGCAUCAAUUGAGGCAUGACUCGUUUACGGCCAGCGACAUCGCCGAGUACCUGAUGGAAUUCUCGAAGGAAAUGGCGAGCGAAGUGAAGUCCGAGAUAAGGUGCAUGGUGAAUGCCGUUGACGGGCUUCACAGGUACUCGCCGGACGCCUCGACCUCGGACGUGUCUUCGAACGGAUGCGGCUCGCCUGAUCGCGGGAGAGUCGUGUUUCCCUCGUCAACAUCACCGCGUCUCUCCACCUCCAAGAAGAGUGGCCCUAUCGAGAUCACCAGCAAGGUCGGUGAGUUGUCGCAGCAGGAGAGCAAGAUGUCCAGCGAGUGUUCCUCGGACGAGACGGUGAUUUAUGUAAUGAAGCCAUCCGAGAACGAGCAGAUAGUUCGUGGUCGCUCGAAGACAGAAGACGAAGAGGUGGAGAACGACGUGGACGAUUACGUGGACGACGACUCGCAGGAGGGACGCGGCGGCCUUGACAUCGGCGACGCCCGGAAGAUCCUGCCGAAGAUCUAUUCAGCCGUGAACUCUGUCAGCUCUCAGGAUAGCGGGAUAAAUUUAUCUUUCCACGAGAGUGACAAAUCGAUCGACUCAUUGGACCUGAAACGCAGUAGCAGCGCCGAGUCCAAUUCCACCAACAGUUACGGUCGGAAACCGCGAACAACAUCGAUGGUGAGCUUGUCCACCAAGAGCGGCAGCAAACAGCAGACGCGUCAGAGCGACAAUCUUUCGGAGGACGAAGAAUGUCCGGGCGACUUGAGAGAGGAGGACGACGACGAUCAGGAGAAGUUUGAAGACAGCGAUUCCAGACUCGAGUUCCCGCGAACGCAAUGGCACUGCCCGCCGAAGAACAUCUGGAAACCUUCGGUGGAGGCUAUGCAGGAGUUCGACAUGAUUCGGGACAACGACAAGGUCCUGGUUUGUCUGUCGGCGAACGGCAAGGACUCGCUGUCCCUUUUACACACUCUGCAUCAGUACAGAUUUUAUGCCCGAUCGAAGGGGAUCGACUUUGAGAUCGGUGCGGCUACUAUUGACGGGAGUGGUUCCGAUCCCCUAGAGCUGAUGACUUACCUGAAGACCCUGGACGUUCCCUACUUUUACGAAGAACGAGUGACCGACUCGAGUAACGCCAACGUCGAGAAUGUAUUAGACGCCAGCGUGGCUAACGGGACCUGUAGUUUCUGUGAUAGAUCCGUCAGGACGCAGUUGUACUCCCUGGCGAAGCGAAAUAGAUACAACGUGCUGGCGCUUGGUCAACACCUGGACGAUCUCACGGAGAGUUUUCUCAUUUCCGUGUUCCACGGCGGCAUACUGAAGACCAUGAAGGCGCACUACUAUAUACGCCGAGAGGAUCUCAGGGUUAUCAGGCCGUUUAUCUACGUGCGGGAGAAAGCGCUGAGGCAGUUCACAGAGAGCAAGAAGCUGCCAGUCGCGCAGGAAUCGCGAACGCCGCAUUUAGCAGAGAAACAGAAUAAAAGGAAAGAACUGCUGCUGCAACAGGAACGUUCGUAUCCCCGACUACACUGGUCCGUACGGACAGCUCUACGACCCUUGAUAACUGGCUGCGGGCAAAUCACUGAUUUCGACUUGGCUUGCGGCGGUAACAACAGCAGCAACAUCGCCAGCCCGAACAGCAGCACCAGCAGCAGCAUAAGCAGCACCUGCAGCAGCAGCAACAGCAACACCAGUAAUCAACAGAAGCGACACCGGAGGACCAAGACGAACGCACCCUCGUCACAGCAAGCCGACGAGAACAACGAGACCGACGAGGAACCCAUACUCUGAGGAGGGCCCAACGCGAGAUGGGAUCCCGAUCGUUCCGCGAUCUCAUCCUCGCGUCCCCGUCGCAGAUGUCCGAUUUCGACGUUCGCCCUGAGAAAAAGACGACUGCGCUUUGCGGCUGCCAAAGCCAACGAUUCGAAAUGUGCUGAGCACGGCAACUGAGCGAUGGUUGGCAGUGGCAUUUAAGACACGACUUCGCGAAGGGACUCACUUUGAGGAUCGCUCGUGUUUCCAAACGUGUUGCUCACAUGAUGCAUCUUCCGCGAGAUCUUGGCGUGCGAUGUACUCAUGUCUUGCGAGUGGCUGGAGCGCGUAAAGCGCGCCUCCUUGAUGAAGACAUUCUGAUGAAGACAUUCUCGGUUGAGCGAGAGAUUUGCUGGCGUGACACGCUCGCGGUGAGCGACUGUCAGAGCUGCCACGAAGUGAGAAAUGACGUCUAGGAUCCAGUCAACGAUCUCGGAUACGGCAAGUCGCUUUCCGCAGCUUCACGGACGGUUUUCCGAAGGAGAAAAGAAUGUGCAGCCGACAGAAUGAUGCUUACUUAAACAGUGAUCGCGUAGGGACUGCGUGAGUUUUCUCUUUUGUCUUUUCUCGACGAGCAAGGCGCUUGCUCGUGAAUAGUUGAGCGUAUCGACAACUGGCCGUGCGAUUAGCCUGCUUCGCAUGGAAGUACGAUGAACGAUCGAUCGACCGAACAACAGACAACAAAACCGCCGACGGUGCGGCAUGUUGUUGAGCUGUCACGUCGAUCGUGCGUUACAUCGUUCGCAUGAAGAACGGAUUGUCGCCGCACGUGUAUGCGGUUAAGUAACUUGGUACGCUUGAGAGACGCGCCGAAGCGAUAGCGACUUAAUACUUGAAACAAAUAUGUUAUAAUGUUAUAAUGUUACGUAUGCUACGAGCGAAGCAGUCAUGCGGCGAGGAGGACUUCCCGCGGAAGUCGGAACCUCGUGCGCUCCCGCGGAAAAGGACUGACACCGAGUAUAUACAUAUAUAUACCUUUUUUACAUGCAUAUACAUAUGUUUGAUUUGAUAUUCGACCGCCUUUUUGGCACUGCUCUAAGAUUAAAGAUCAUUCGAUCGCGCUCGACAGAAACGUUUUACAAGCGAUCAGCUUCCUCGGAUGAGUCCUUUUCUAACGGCGCUUUCAACGAUACUCUCGAUCCUCUCGGUGACACACGACUCGACGACGGACCCAUUUUUUGCGGUCAAAAAAUGCGUUCUUCGGAUGGAGGUUCAUCGGGAAGACGUUGAUCUGCGGAACAUUAUCUCGUGAGUGAAUUGAAACGACGACACAUCGUCGUCAUCGGUUGGUCCACCUUCGGAACGGCCGAUCAAAUCAUUUCAUCUCGGCGAUCCAGAGGUUUUGACGAAUCCUCGCCUGCAUGAACUUUGACUUGAAGAGAAAGAAGCAUUCACGCACGCACACCAUGCGUAAAGGAUUAACGCAUAUCCAGAUACAUGCGCUUCUCGCGAAUAAAGUGUCAAGACAUUGGAGACUGCCUGAAUAUUUUCAAAGACGACCGAGAGGUCCAUUAAGACGUGUCCAUUAAAAAAAUUGACUAGGGGACGCCUGAAAAAUGACGACUUUUUAUUUUCCGCCCUGCGAUGCGACGAAUACGAGAAGCUUGCAGCAAAAAAGAUUAAUUCGAGAGUUUCUUAGAGAAGACAAGCUUCUCGUAUCUAUCGGACAGAUAUUCGGACGGUGGUCUCCGAUGUUUUUAAGAUGAAAAACGAAGGCUCUCUCCUCUUAGCUGGCACAUGACGCGAUGACACAAUAAAAUCACGCUUCUUCUUCACGACCGUAACGUCAGUUAUCCGCGACGCGAUUCGCGCUGCGAUCGAUGAGCUAAGCUUCGAUGCCAGAAAUAAUGACGACGGAUGAUGAACGAGUUGUAGACAAGAGUCGGGUCACAGUGGCGGUUUACUUAAUAACGUGAUGGAUCGUUGCACGAUAAAUCGAUAAAAAAUAUCAAUCAGAUAAAACGAGACGGGUAUAUCUUUGCGUACAGAAAGCUAAAGAAGACAGACACAUCUUCAAGCAUGGAGGAUUCACUUAAACUUUUUGCACCUCUGUCGAAGAUGUAUUCACCAAAAUGUUCUGACCAGAGAAAUGUCUAAAACUCGGUCUCGAUUGCAUAAUUUGCGUAAUUUCGAAUUAACUGUACGGUCGCAGAUCUUUUCCAGGCUACUGUACUAUCUAGAUCAGCGCGAACAAUCCAAUUAAUUCAAAUUAUCGUUGACCAAGGUUGAUGUAUAAUGACACACGUAACGUUGUAUGGAAAGGAUUCCUGCGUGAUUUAUUCUGUAGGAUACUUUAGGCUCGACGACAUGAAUAACAUGGGAGGAUAGGUGACGUUACAUCGAGAAGGAAGCGCAAUGUAAUCGGACCAUGUGAAUGCCGAUCGAGAGGAUCAGCCGGAUGUCGUAAGAGGAUGGUCCAAGAGGAAAAUGUCUUGACACCGGUCAAGACUCGCGGUCAGGACGUCCGAUAAAAUAGUCCGUAAGCCGAUAGGCACUGAUCGCUAAGACGAUCAUGAUACUUAUAGCAGCAGUCUUACGUUGUUUACUUCUUCUCUCAUGUUCGGCUGUUGUACGCUCGCUAAUCGUUAGGAUUGUAAGUAACGUUUAAGACUUGUACGUAGGUAUCGCAUGUAAAACAACCGUACGCAACGUAGACGAUGAUCGUGUAAGGUAAUACGUACGUACGUACCGUUCGUGUCGUACUAAGUUUUUUAAAAGUGCUCGUUCGUUCGUUCAUUUGUUCGUUCGUUCAUUCGUUCAUCGUUGUAUCGUGGACGCGGGAAAGCGGAAGUAACAACCAAAAUGUGUGUGCGAUAAGCGAGGAGGAAGUCUUGAUCUAUACGAAUCUUUGCGAAUAGAUAUUCUCAUAUUUUCCGAGAGUUACGAAAGGGACAUUGUUACUGUAAAGAUAUGUAAGUUUAUUUAUCGCUAAUAAAAAUGAACGUUUAAGAAAAAAAA